AUGAAAGGUCUUCUGCUGCUCACCCUGUCUGCUCUGCUCUGCUGGGUCUCAGCUGACAUUCGCUGUCACUCCUGCUACAAGGUCCCUGUGCUGGGCUGUGUGGACCGGCAGUCCUGCCGCCUAGAACCAGGACAACAGUGCCUGACAACAAAUGUGUACCUCGGUAAGAUGUGGGUUUUCUCCAACCUUCGAUGUGGCACACCUGAAGAGCCUUGUCGGGAGACCUUCAACCAAACCAACCACAAGCUGGGUCUGACCUAUAACACUACCUGCUGCAGCAAGGACAACUGUAACAGCCCAGCCCCUCGGCCCACCCCAGCCCUGGCCCUUGUCCUCCUGACCUCUUUGGCUGGCCUUGGCCUCUGGCUGCUGCACUGAGACUCACUCCAUAGCUGCCCCUCCUCCCACUUGCCUUAACUUGAGCUGAGCCCUGUGUCUCUGUGUCCCCCGGCUCCCUACAAUGGCCUCUCCUUAGCUCCCUUUGCUCAGAAAAACAUUU